GUAAGCAGCAUGGCGGCGCUGAGCUGAGGUAGCAACUCUACUAGACUGUCACCGAUAGCCUGGCUUUCGUUAGCUUUCCCUGUCACCUGCUCGUCUACGGGGCCAGGCCGAAGAUGACGGCCUGAGAGAGGAGCGGCAACACGAUCGAGAGAUGCAGCAAAAACAACAGCGGCCACCGCAACAACAACAAAACUCGCAGCUGAAGGCGGAAAACAGUAAAACCAAGAGCAUGUUUCUGUCCAGGGCGCUGGAGAAAAUCCUGUCGGAUAAGGAGGUGAAGAGGAGCCAGCACAGCCAGCUGCGCAAAGCCUGUCAAGUGGCACUUGAUGAGAUCAAGGCAGAGCUUGAAAAACAAAAAGAUGGCACUGUGGUCCCACCCAGAGCUAACUACAUCGAGGCUGACAAAUAUGUGCUGCCCUUUGAGCUUGCCUGUCAGUCAAAAUCCCCUCGGAUAGUGAGCACCUCUUUGGACUGUCUGCAGAAACUGAUAGCAUACGGCCACAUCACUGGCAAUGCCCCGGACAGCAGAACACCAGGGAAGAGGCUGAUCGACCGGCUGGUAGAAACCAUCUGUAACUGCUUCCAAGGCCCACAGACCGAUGAGGGAGUCCAGCUACAGAUCAUCAAGGCCCUUCUAACAGCAGUGACCUCCCCACACAUAGAGAUCCAUGAAGGCACAGUGCUCCUCACCGUCAGGACCUGCUACAACAUCUACCUGGCCAGCCGCAACCUCAUCAACCAGACCACCGCCAAAGCCACACUCACACAGAUGCUCAAUGUUAUCUUCACACGCAUGGAAAACCAGGCUGCUCUAGAGGCUCAGGAGCAGGAAAAAGACCGGCUCCGUCUGCCACAACAGAACCCAUCCCCUGUCCCAGGUAGUCGGAGGUCCGGCUCCCCUCGGUCUGACCGAACCCCGACCCCAGAGCUCCAGAACUCCCCGUCCCCAGCAGCAAGUUCUCCAGACCUCACUACAACCAACAACACUAGCUCCACGCCUCCACCGCCAGCCCCUGAAUCGAACCAAGACCGAGGGACAGGCAGUCCAUCUGUCAACGGAGAACCCAAGGAAGGCGCCGUACCUGUGAACGGAGAAGCAGAGCAGGUCACACCAUCAAGUGCAGAGUCAGUGUUUGAAGAUGAAGGAGCAGAGACUCUUCCUGAAACAGCACAGGCAGCUGAGGAAGAGGACAAACCAGAGAGCAGUCCCAAUCCAGCAGACUCAUCAGUGACUGAAGGAGAGGAGGGAGAGCUACAACCAGGGCAAAUUAACAGUGGAUCAGGAGAAGAGAAUCCAGCUCAUCCCGUCACUGAGCAGACAGAUGUGCCUCCCCCCAGAGUCAGAGCAGAGGGCCAGCAGAUGAACGGCAUCAUUGAGGACCGCUCUUCUGUUUCCUCCACAGAUAUGCUGGAUGCAGAGGCGCUACAGGGAUCCUACACUGCAGCUCGUUUCUCCCACAUCCUUCAGAAAGACGCCUUUCUGGUGUUUCGGUCUCUGUGCAAACUCUCCAUGAAGCCUCUCGCUGACGGACCCCCAGACCCAAAGUCCCAUGAGUUGCGUUCCAAAAUUGUCUCCUUGCAGCUGCUGCUCUCUGUGCUGCAGGGUGCAGGGCCAGUGUUUCGCACUCAUGAGAUGUUUGUCAACGCCAUCAAGCAGUAUCUGUGCGUGGCACUGUCCAAAAAUGGUGUCUCCUCCGUGCCUGAGGUCUUUGAGCUCUCACUGGCCAUCUUUCUCACCCUGCUCUCCCACUUCAAGGUCCACCUGAAGAUGCAGAUUGAGGUGUUUUUCAGGGAGAUUUUUCUGACCAUCCUGGAGACAUCGACGAGCUCCUUCGAACACAAGUGGAUGGUGAUACAGACACUAACACGCAUCUGUGCAGAUGCUCAGUGUGUAGUCGACAUCUAUGUGAACUACGACUGUGACUUGAAUGCUGCAAACAUCUUUGAGCGUCUUGUCAAUGAUCUGUCAAAGAUUGCUCAGGGCAGAAGUGGGCAGGAGCUUGGGAUGACUCCUCUGCAGGAGCUGAGCCUUCGUAAAAAAGGUUUGGAGUGUUUGGUUUCCAUCCUGAAAUGUAUGGUGGAGUGGAGUAAAGACAUGUACGUCAAUCCAAACCUUCAAGCUAACCUAGGCCAAGAACAUCCCGCUGAAAGUGAGCCAGCAGAGCUGAAGCUCCCAGAGCAGACGGGACGCAGAGACAGCAUCAGCUCGCUAGACUCUACCGUCUCCUCCAGUGUCCAAGCGUCCCAGGCAGAUCAUCCAGAGCAGUACGAGGUCAUCAAACAGCAGAAGGACAUCAUCGAGCAUGGCAUCGAACUCUUCAAUAAGAAGCCAAAGCGUGGGAUCCAGUACCUGCAGGACCAGGGCAUGCUGGGUACCACAGCAGAGGAUAUCUCCCAGUUCCUCCACCAAGAGGACAGACUGGACACAACUCAGGUGGGAGAGUAUCUGGGUGAGAACAUCAAAUUCAACAAAGAGGUGAUGUACUGCUAUGUGGACCAGUUGGACUUUUGUGGGCGGGACUUUGUCUCUGCACUCAGAGUGUUUCUGGAAGGCUUCAGGCUGCCUGGUGAGGCACAGAAGAUUGACAGGCUCAUGGAGAAGUUUGCUGCUCGAUACCUGGAGUGCAACCAAGGACAGACUCUGUUUGCUAGUGCAGACACUGCCUAUGUGCUGGCGUACUCCAUCAUCAUGCUCACCACAGACCUGCACAGUCCUCAGGUGAAGAACAAGAUGACAAAAGAGCAGUACAUCAAGAUGAAUCGUGGCAUUAACGACAGCAAAGACUUGCCUGAGGAGUAUCUGUCCUCCAUAUACGAUGAGAUCGCAGGCAAGAAGAUCGCCAUGAAGGAGAGCAAGGAGUUCUCAAUCACCCCAAAGUCCACAAAACAGAAUGUAGCCAGUGAGAAACAACGUCGUCUGCUCUACAACAUGGAGAUGGAGCAGAUGGCUAAGACUGCAAAAGCUCUGAUGGAGGCGGUCAGCCAUGCUCAGGCUCCUUUCUUCAGCGCCACUCACCUGGAGCAUGUCAGGCCCAUGUUUAAGCUGGCAUGGACCCCCCUGCUCGCAGCGUUCAGUGUAGGGCUGCAGGACUGUGAUGACCCAGAGGUGGCAUCUCUUUGUCUGGAGGGCAUUCGGUGUGCCAUCAGGAUCGCCUGCAUCUUCAGCAUGCAGUUGGAGAGAGAUGCAUAUGUCCAGGCCUUGGCCAGAUUCACUCUUCUUACAGCCAGUUCAAGUAUUACAGAGAUGAAGCAGAAGAAUAUUGACACUAUAAAGACCCUGAUCACAGUGGCACACACUGACGGAAACUACCUUGGCAACUCCUGGCAUGAGAUCUUGAGAUGUAUCAGUCAGCUGGAGCUCGCCCAGCUGAUCGGCACUGGAGUGAAGACACGCUACAUCUCAGGGGUGGUCCGGGACAGGGAGUCUGGCAUUAAAGGCUUACCCUCCAACACAGAGGAAUUCAUGCCACUGGGGCUGGGUAACCUGGUGGGGAGUCAGGACAAGAGACAGAUGGCUCACAUCCAGGAGUCAGUGGGAGAGACCAGCUCUCAGAGCGUGGUGGUAGCUGUUGACAGGAUCUUCACUGGUUCCACCAGAUUAGAUGGAAAUGCGAUUGUUGACUUUGUGCGAUGGCUGUGUGCGGUGUCCAUGGACGAGCUGGCCUCAGCACACCAGCCGAGGAUGUUCAGCUUGCAAAAGAUUGUGGAAAUUUCCUACUAUAACAUGAACCGCAUCAGGCUGCAGUGGUCUCGAAUUUGGCAGGUCAUAGGAGACCACUUCAACAAGGUGGGCUGUAACCCAAAUGAGGAUGUAGCCAUAUUUGCUGUGGAUUCACUAAGACAGCUCUCCAUGAAAUUCUUGGAAAAAGGAGAGUUGGCCAACUUCCGCUUCCAGAAAGACUUCCUCAGGCCUUUUGAGCACAUCAUGAAGAAGAACAGGUCGCCCACUAUCAGAGACAUGGUUAUCAGGUGUGUGGCUCAGAUGGUAAACUCGCAGGCGGCCAACAUUCGUUCUGGCUGGAAGAACAUUUUCUCAGUGUUUCACCAGGCGGCCUCAGACCACGAUGAGACCAUAGUGGAGCUGGCUUUCCAGACCACUGGACACAUUGUCUUGAACACCUUUCAGGAGCACUUUGCAGCUGCCAUCGACUCGUUCCAAGAUGCAGUGAAGUGCCUCUCAGAGUUUGUCUGUAAUGCAGCUUUUCCUGACACAAGCAUGGAGGCCAUCAGACUCAUCCGGCACUGCGCUAAAUAUGUCUCAGAGAGACCACAGACACUGAGGGAAUACACCAGUGAUGACAUGAAUGUUGCCCCUGGUGAUCGUGUUUGGGUUCGUGGUUGGUUUCCUAUUCUGUUUGAGCUCUCCUGUAUCAUCAACCGUUGCAAGCUGGACGUCAGGACGAGAGGUCUUACAGUUAUGUUUGAGAUCAUGAAGAGCUACGGUCACACGUUUGAGAAACACUGGUGGCAUGACCUCUUCAGAAUCGUCUUCCGCAUCUUUGACAACAUGAAACUCCCUGAGCAGCAGACAGAGAAAACUGAGUGGAUGACAACCACAUGUAAUCACGCUCUGUAUGCCAUCUGCGAUGUGUUUACCCAGUUUUAUGAGCCUCUCAGUGAAAUCCUGCUGGCUGACAUUUUCACACAGCUGCAGUGGUGUGUCAGACAAGACAACGAGCAGCUGGCUCGGUCAGGGACAAACUGUUUGGAGAACCUGGUGAUUCUUAACGGGGAGAAAUUUAGUCCAGAGGUGUGGAAGAUCACCUGCUCCUGCAUGCUGGAGAUCUUCCAAAACACAAGCCCUCAUGCUUUGUUGACUUGGCGACCAGCUGGACAGGAUGAGGAAACAGCAGAUGGCAAGCAUUAUGAUGCUGAUUUUGACAGCCAGUCUCAAAGCAGCUACGACAGAGCUCUAUCAGAGAGAGGACACAGCCAGAUAUCAAGCGACGACACAUGGAAGGGAAAGUCGAGCACAAGAGUUACAGAUCAGAAGUUAUUUGCAGGCUUGCUGAUUAAAUGUGUAGUACAGCUUGAACUCAUUCAGACCAUCGACAACAUUGUCUUCUACCCGGCAACUAGCAAGAAGGAGGAUGCUGAGAACAUGGCUGCUGCACAGAGAGACGCUCUUGAUGAAUCAGAGGCUGAUGGAGGGGAUUUCGGUGCAGAUCAGGGAAUGUAUAGACACAUGACUUCUGAACAUCUCUUCAAGCUGCUUGACUGUUUACUCGAGUCGCACACCUUUGCCAAGGACUUCAACUCCAACAAUGAACAGAGGACAGCUCUCUGGAGGGCAGGCUUUAAAGGGAAAUCUAAGCCCAACUUAUUAAAGCAGGAGACCAGCAGUCUGGCCUGCAGCCUGAGGAUCCUGUUCAGGAUGUACUCUGACCCUCAGCUUCAGGACUCAUGGCCUGACAUCCAGACACGCCUGCUGCUGGUUUGCAGUGAAGCUCUGGCCUACUUCAUCAGUCUGACCUCAGAGAGCCACAGAGAGGCUUGGAACAGUCUGCUGAUGCUGCUGCUCACCAGGACGCUACGGCUGCCCGAUGACAAGUUUAAACCCCAUGCAUCCUGCUACUAUCCUCACCUAUGUGAAAUGAUGCAGUUUGAUCUGAUCCCAGAGCUGCGGGCCAUCCUCAGGCGUUUCUUCCUGCGUAUCGGCACAGUCUUCCACAUCUCCGCUCCAGAGGGGACGCACAUCCUGACUCCUGCAUCCUAGAUUAGAUGAAGGAUGGAUGGAAAAUGAAGAUGGAGGCAGAUACACAAGUGGACACUUGAGACACUUUCCCUCUUUUUGACUGAUAACAAAAGGGGCUCUAAUGUGGAGAAGAAGAAGAUCGAGACUGUAGCUUUUCUGUCUCCUUUCAGGACUUGUGAAAAUGUUCAGCUUUUCUACUGCGUUCAGCUUGUAGACAAGUCCCUCCUCGCUUCUUCCCUCUGGGAUGAACAGCACUGUGACCAGCAAUCUCUGCUGACUGUAGUCAUUCAUCAACCCCCAGACUCUCAUCUCAAACUGAAAUCACUAGAAAAGAACUGUAAACAAUUAAUUUAUUGAUAUUGUUGCAAACAUUGUACCUGUAAUUUUGUUGGUUCAGUUUUUUUUGUUUGUUUAUUUUUAAUACUUAAAAAAAGUAUGACUACAUGCUGAAAGUAAAUGGACAUUAAUGAAGAUGGUGAACCUCACAUUUGCCCUUUGAGAAAUCUCUCUUGGCCACCUGUGCCUGUUAGAAAAAGAAGACACUAUUAGUGUCGCUCUUAUUGUGAGUUUGUUGAUCUAAUCAAAACAAAUUGUAAUAUCUGAAGCCUCAUGUAUCAGUGCCCAGCCCAAAGCAAAGCAACUUUAAUGCCCUCUCUUCUGUCUUUGUUAUUAGGUAGCUAUUGUUAAAGAGAUUCAGCUGCAGGUGCAAACAAUCUGUAUCUCUUUCAGCAUUAUCAAAGAUCUACUGCAGCUUUGUGUGUGAAGUCUUUUUUCAGGUUUACAUUGAAAAGACUGGCUAUUUCUUUCAUGUUAUUUUUUGCAUUCCUUGUGUGUUGACCCACUAAGCCUUAGUCUAAAGGACUUUACCAUGGAGUCAACUCCUCCUUGCAUUAGAAACACAGCUGGCUCACAAGACCCUCCACUAAUCCAUCAUUUUGCCCUAUAAUGUGUGGUUGUUUAUUUUCAGCUGUUUUGCACAUUACAUGUAUUAACACCACCCAGUGUACAGCCCUGCUGUGAAUGGUUGGAAUCCUUGCCUGUGUUUCAACACAUUCAGCAGUAGAGUUCAGCAAGAAAGGUGCAGGAACCAAAAGUCACAUCUGCAAAGAGACUGAAGUCUGCAUCCUGGAUCCUUAGCGGUUUGUUCCUUGCAUUUUUUUUAAAGAAGGAUGUAUGUAAUUAUUUACAGCGCGUUUAAAUAUUUUUUGAGAAGCAUUCCUUUCCCUGCAACUAUGGAUGUCUACUUUUCUUCCCUCAGGUGGGGGAAUAUAUAAAUAUAUAUAUAAAUAUAUAUAUAUGACAAAAUGAUGACUGUAAAGUUUUCAAUGUAAGAUACCUAAAUAUACGCUAUACUGUUCUAUACAUAAUAUUGUGAUGUAAUCUUCCGAGCAUUUGGUGAAGUGUCAAUAAACCUUAAU